AUGAUAAAAGAUCUCUUACAGUAUAAGUUCACAGACUAUAAUACAGGCUACACUCAGGUGCGUACUCCAAAGACAGGACAUAAUCGUAGUCAAUCACUGUAAAAGUCACUUGUUUCAGCUGCUGGAGACCCAAAGAAGAAUUCUGAUAAGCUUAAGUUUUUGUUGCUAAGCAUCAAGUUCCCUCAAUAAUACAAUGAGAAAGAAGCUCUCGAGGGACAUCCCACUUAAUUUAUGAAGAUCAUAAACUAUUCAUUGUUUGUUGCAUCUGCCUCUGUGAAGAAAUACUUGUUUAGCAAGGAAGUUGACCCAGAUACUGUCUAUCUCAAUGACUACAAAUUUAUGAAAAAGACUUAAAUAUUUGGCUACAGACCAAACAUUACUCUUGAGCAGUUCUUUAAGUAUGGAUUUGCUGAGUAAAAGAUGCUUAUCUGUUGCGAUGUCAUCAAUCUCGUUAAGAAGGCUUCAAGGGAUUUAAAGAUCCAAAAGAGUUUGACUAGAAAGAGAUCUGAGACUACGAGAGACUUGCAAGUCAGUUCCUAUACUAUUAUCAAUCAUAGCAAGGUCACUGAUGCCUAAAAAGAUUUUGUUUAUGAAAGAGAUACAGUCAAUAAGACUGCAAAAGUUAGCAGACUAAAUCAAGAUCUACAAGAGUAAAGACAAAGUUUAAGAGAUUCAAGAAGAUCUUCCAUCCAAGACAGUAGAAACAGGUCCACUUAGAGACUUUCAGCUUCAGCUGGUAAAAGCAUAAACAACAGUUUCAGAUACACACACGUUCAAAGCAGAUACAUGCUUCCAGCAAAAAAUCAAUUACAAUAAUAAGAAGUCAAUGCUAAUGUGGGUACUGCUUUGCCAGCAGAAUACAAACCUCUCAGAGUUAGAGCCAAGCAUGAAAACACUCAUGAUAUUUCUGUUAACAAAUCUUUGAGGUAGUCUUAAAGUCCCUAAUAAGAGCAAAAGCCAUCACCUUAAAAAUAGGCAUAACAAGUUCAAUCAGUUCCUUCACAAUAGCAAAACGUUAAUAAUAUCUCAAUUGAUCUUAUGUUCCAGCUAAAGUAAACAAUAGAAUCCUUGAAUAGCAAAUUUGAGAAUUUCUAAUGCAAGAUUGACAACAAGAUUGAGACAAUCCAUCAAGACUAUUAGAGUUUGAAUAUCAAACUAGAAACUUUAAAUUCAACUAAAAAUGGUGGAGGAGCUGGCUUCGGUUAAACAACAUUGAGUCAAGCAGAUUAUGGUCAAGAUCGAUUGAGGGAAAGAGGAGAAUUCAUUAGUCCCUCUCACUUCGGAGAUAGAAACGAAGGUCCAAGUUCAGUCAUAAAUUACGGAGAUGUUUAAGUUAAGAACUUAAGAGAGUUCACAUUCUCGGAGAAAGGAUCAGUAGAUUAGAACUAGAGGAUGUACAGCACUGAUGGGUUCUUGCAAAGCAGAAAAGCUUAAGUCGAAGAUCUAAGAGAAGAAUCAUAGUAGCUGAUUGAUAACAUCAGAAGAAACUUUGACGAGUCUAAAAGAGAAAUAGAAAACUACUCAGCCAAUCAUGCCAGAAACUAAAGUGCUCUAGCUGCUGAUCACUAACAAUGA